GCCUUUAACCAUCUGUCUGACUUUGUUAUUCACGCAGGAGAGAGAAGUGACUAUCGUGGAUCCUCUGGGGAGCCUCAACAACCUCAUGAUGCUGACGAGGCAGAGAAAAGUCUCUCCACAUCAGAACACCUCAAGAAACACCAGCAGAGAUCCACAGGGAAGAUAAUUCACCGCUCUGACUGUGGGAAGAGAUCCACCUCAUCAGCAGGCAUUAAAAUUCAUCAGAGAAUCCACACAGUAGAGAAAUCUUAUUGCUGUACUCAAUGUGGGAAGAGUUUUACUACUUCUAGCCAUCUUAUUGUACACCAGAGAAUACACACAGGAGAGAAACCUUAUAGCUGUGAUCAAUGUGGGAAGAGUUUUAGUCAGCUAAGCAACCUGAUAUCACACCAGAGAAUACACACAGGAGAGAAACCUUAUAGCUGUGAUCAAUGUGGGAAGAGUUUUGUUCAAUCUGGGGGACUGAAGAUACACCAGAGAACACACACAGGAGAGAAACCAUAUAGCUGUGAUCAAUGUGGGAAAMGUUUUUCUACAUCUCGCUAUCUAACUAUACAUCAGAGAACACACACAGGAGAGAAACCAUACAUCUGUAAUCAAUGUGGGAAGAGUUUUAUUCGGCAACAAACCCUGAAAUCACACCAGAGAAUACACACUGGAGAGAAACCUUAUAGCUGUAAUCAAUGUGGGAAGWGUUUUUCUACAUCUAGCUAUGUAACUAUACACCAGAGAACACACACAGGAGAKAAACCAUAUAGCUGUAAUCAAUGUGGGAAGAGUUUUACUUGGCCAGACAGCCUGAUAGCACACCAGAGAACACACACAGGAGAGAAUUCUUAUAGCUGUAGUCAAUGUGGGAAGAGUUUUACUCGGCCAGACAGCCUGAUAGUACACCAGAGAACACACACAGRAGAKAAAUMUUGUAGCUGUAGUCAAUGUGGGAAGAGUUUUACUCGGCCAUACAACCUGAUAGUACAUCAGAGAACACACACAGGAGAGAAACCUUAUAGCUGUGAUCAAUGUGGGAAGAGUUUUACUACAUCUAGCCAGCUGACUUUGCACCAGAGAACACACACAGGAGAGAAACUUUAUAGUUGUGAUCAAUGUGGGAAGAGUUUUACUAGAUCUAGCUAUCUAACUGUACACCAGAGAACACACACAGGAGAGAAUCCUUGCUGUGAUCAAUGUGGGAAGAGAUACUCUGAUAAAAGAUCUCUGAUUAAACAUCAGAAA